UCACCGAUCAUGCGUCGCCUACCACGCACGUACAUUCCACACCGCAACAAUACUCUCCUCUUCAAUUUAUUUCCGUCGCGUUGCGCAAACCAGCACAGAUCACCUGGAACGUGGCCUUCUUGAUUGGGCGCGCCAACAAGGGACCAGUCAAGCUUCUCUAGUGCCUUUGCGAAUUAAAUCAUUCUCGCCUUCGGUACCUGUACAUCACUUCGGGAUCUCCUGUAACGUUGAUCAUUCUAGAGACUAUCUGCCAUUGAUCUAGUCCACGCGCUCAGACCCAACACCAAUGUCAACUCCAUGUCCGCUGCCUCCGCCGCUCCCGACCAUUCCUCUCCUCCCUUUGCUGAGAAGCGUUCAUCAACUUCCAGACAUGCGCCAGGUAAAUCUCCUGCGCAGCUCAGGGCUCCUGCGCAACAUGGAAACGAGGUGACGCCGAAGAGCUUGUCACAGACUGGAAGGUCACGAACUGUCCCAUUAAAUAUUGAUACCCUCUGGAUGUCUCCUACACAACCACAACUCUCAGAAAGAGAUAGCAUUUUCGCAACCAAUUAUAUACAUACCAACAGUCCGUCUACUUCUCCAGACUUGAGACCAACAGAGAGCUUCACAUAUGAAGGUAGUAUGUCAAACAUACCAGACAUAGAAGCCGCCACCAUGCCGUCCAUGCGGAGACUGGUCGAGCCGUCCCUCCUACGCAACUACCAGCGCCAUCCCCCUUCUCCUCCUUCUUCCAUUCCGAUCCAGCUUGAGCGGCGACUCCUCAAUGAUGCCCUUGGACGCCACGAUCAAAAGGGCUACAUGUUCUCACCACCUCGCGACGAUCAAUCUCUACCAAACAACAUACAUAUUCAAAAAACUUUCGAAGAGAGCAGCUCUGACUUAUCUUCUCUCUUCGGCUCUAAUCACUCUCCCUUCGAUUCUCCUCCCUCUCCACCACCGGGUUCCCCUCAUUCUGCACGAAUAUUAGAAGAUAAUGAGGAGCGUUUGAAAUACCGUUCGUGGCGGGAGGGCAAAGCAACACUCAGCACAGCUUUAAAGCCCACCAGCAGCGUUAAAGCUGUCGUUGCUAGAAAAAUUGAAGCUGCUUUACCCAAGCCAGAUCAGCCGGUCAUGCAGGCACGCAGCAGGAAAGCCAGUCAUUACCUAGGCCUGUUCAAGGGUGAGCAGGGUCAAGAAGAGCAGAAAAGGCGCGAAGAGAGACUAAAAGAGCGGUCCGUGGAAGACAGAAAAGAUGGUCGGUCUUUAUACGAGAAAAAUGUGUCCCCCAAAAACAAAGGCCAAGACAAUAUUGCUUUGGAUCAUGUUCAAUCACUAUCUCCUGCUCAUGAAGUGUCUACAUCUGAUGCUCAGAUGCUCCAUUGCGAUCGUCCUACACUCGUGCGAAGUCCCAGUGGUGAGAAAGACUCGGUGCUUAGUGCUGUCGCGUCUCCGAACAGCGUGACACAACCCCCUGUGGUUGAAUCCACGCCCUCAUUCCCCAUCCGACUCCUCGAAGAGAUUCGUAACCAUCAUAAUAUUACACCAGGAGCAGAGCGCGGCACAUCCUUUUCCCGCAGUCUCCCAACUACUGUUACUGAACGCAGCAAGAGGUCGACAUUGCGUUCAGAUCAACGAAGGCCACGAGAAUCAGAUAAAGGCUACUUUCCGCCGAUAGUGCAAGGCCCACAUAUCAGUCUGACUGCGAGUGAGGAUGAAGAGUCGGAACAUGAGCAAAUAUCGUCGGCGUUAUACUAUCCACACCGUCAGAUUUCCCCCGACAAGACCGAGCAAGAUACCAGAGAUGGUGAUGCUCUCAUGGUUGCUCCGGACCUUGCACGCCAGGCAACAGUGCCACCGAAUACGAAGGAACGCUCAGUAUCAGAGCUUUCAAUACCUGAGAACCCAACAGCUGAUGAGAUCGAAAUCGCAUUGAAGUCACAAGCAGACGAGCAGGUACUCCAUGGCGAUAUAGCGACCCUGACUCCAGAUGCAGAGGAUGAUGCAUACACGAAUGAUACUGCCUCUGCUUCAGAUUCCGAGCAAGAUCUGUAUGGUGAUUCAGUAGGUUCACCACGCGGAUACGAAUCUAGCGCAACAGAUGAUCUCAGUACUACACCAAAAGCCAGCGCUCUAGUAACCGAGCAUAAGGUACAGAAAGGCCCGCACCCACCGGCACCCAUCGGAGCUGUUGAGCUGAAGCCGUUUGAUCAUCAAGUCGGAGGCCAUACGACAAUCUAUCGCUUCUCUCGCCGAGCUGUAUGUAAACAACUUAACAAUCGCGAAAACGAGUUCUAUGAAACCGUGGAGCGCUUUCAUGCUGAGUUGUUGGAAUUCAUGCCAAGGUAUAUUGGUGUCUUGAAUGUAACCUAUCGUCGUCGGGCUAGACGAAAGAAGAGUGCGCGGAAUGAGAGGAAGGUUGAAGGGACCACAUCCUCCGGAGGAAGAAACUCAGAUGCGACGUUGCAACAAGAUGCAAGCGACAACAGAUCUGCUGAUGAUACCUCGUCGGCUCGGAUAGUCAGUCAUUCUCAGUCACAACGCAAAGAUUCUGUACCACAGGUGGUGUUUGAGAACAACCGCCACAUAAUACCUGCCGAUCUUUUUCGUGUACCACCACGGACCAUGCCUCCAAGAAGUCAGCUCUCUGAUCCGAGCCUGCUAGCAUCCAUGCAUAAGCGCAACGCGAGCGAUGUGGGCCCCGGUGGGUCAGAUCAUCCAGACAGCCCGCAUCGAUCUAUCACUCGCCCUCCAGUGAGACAUCAUUCUAGCUGGGGCGCGACUACAGUGAACAGAAAACUCCAAGAGCAGGUCCUUCGCGAGGUUUUUACCCCUCCUACAAUCCACCACCACUACAAGAGUGAGCGUAACCAUCAUGGCAGUCUUCCUAAUCGACGAUUGAGCAGGGCCAUCGCGGGAUCUGCGCCUUCAGGCAGGAGAAACAGUGCAGACGUAUCAUUACUGCAAACAGCGUUUCGUGACGAAUCAACGAGAAGGCAAGCCAUGAACGCAGCAGCCCAGCAGGCCAUGGAGAGAGCUGGUGAAACAGAGCUACAGCAUCCUAUUGAAGAAGCGUCGCAUUACGCAGAGUCUUAUUACGAGCGAAUUGGUAUGGACAUACCAGAUCGGUCAGAUUCUUCAUCACCUCGCAAAUACCCCAGAAGGCGCCACUCUGGUGGAGGGCUUCGAAGACGAGCCAUAGAUGUCGAGACAGGCAAAAGGAGUCAUCUAGAAUUUCACGAGCAAGAUACCGACGAGGACGCAUACCGGGCAGAUUGUGAAGACGAUGUUUUCCCAAUGGAAAAAGAAUCACCCACCCCGGGAAAUAUAAGGAGCGGACCGAGUUCGAAGGACCAUAGCAAGCACAGAUCGGCAGGGGUGGGACAGAAUCUGACGGGAGUCAAAAGCGAUGUUACCAUACCAGGGGGGUGGAACCUUAGCGGCAAUGAACCAAUGAACCCAGACCAGGCUCAAACACAGUCGGAUGAAAGAGUUGAACACUUUUUGCUGUUGGAAGACUUGACGAGUGGGAUGAACAAACCAUGUGUUCUUGACCUCAAGAUGGGCACACGUCAAUAUGGCGUCGAAGCAGACGAAAAGAAGCAACGAUCCCAACGUCGCAAAUGUAAGAUGACGACUUCCAGGGAACUAGGUGUGCGCGUCUGCGGAAUGCAGGUCUACAACAUCAAGACACAGUCAUAUUUGUUCGAGGACAAGUAUUUUGGACGCGACUUAAAGGCGGGCAAAGAAUUCCAGGAUGCGCUCAAACGCUUCUUCUAUGACGGAAUCGGAUAUAUUAGCGCCAGCAGACAUAUCCCCGUCAUUCUGGAGAAGAUUGAUCGUUUAGAAAGGAUGAUAAGAAGACUUCCGAGUUACAGAUUCUAUGCAAGUAGCCUGCUUAUGCUCUACGACCGCGAUGAUGGAAGUCUACCACCUGAGGAUGGGCAGACAUUAGGCACGGAGGGCCAAGAGACAAUGGCAUCGAACGGCAUGCCAAGAAGUGGUGCAGAUAUUAAGCUCAAAAUUGUCGACUUUGCAAAUUGUGUCACAGCAGAGGACAAAUUCCCGGAGGAUGUUUCCUGUCCACCACAGGACCCGAAUGGCAUUGACCGCGGCUAUUUGCGUGGACUUCGCAGUCUCCGCAUGUACUUCCAGCGCAUCUGGGAAGAAAUAAACGAAAAGCAAUGGGUCGAAAGAGGUGAGGGUGAGGGUAUGAGUCUGGCAGUAGGUCAGCGAUCUGUCGGGCACGGUGUUACGGAAGCCGGCUGGGAGGAUGCACCGGUAGUGGAAGAGGAGGGGUAUGUCAGUAUCUGAAACAAAGUUGCAUUGUCGAGGCGUUCAUGUUAGCCCAUUUAUGACCAUCGACACCGUCGAUCGGUCGCGGCUGGAGUCCUCGCAUCCUUUCUCGUCGCAAUGUUUUGUGCAUAGCCUGGCGUUGGUGGAUUAUCGCUACAGCACACGAAGGGCGUUCCUGGAAUAGCUGUUUUAUAGUCAAGCGGAUUAUGUCCAUGUUGCAAGUACGAGAUAGAGAUGAUUGUAGCAAUACAUACAGACGUUGUAG